AAAAAAAUAUAUGCGAAGAAUUGAGGCAUAAAUGAAGCAAAAUAAAGAUGUAAAGUAAGUAUAUUGUUCGACACGGUUCGAAAACCCUAAACCCUGCAGCCUCCCCCCCACAUCUCUAUACAUGAUACCGAAGGUUUAGUUUCUUGUACAUUUUACAGAUCGCACAAACACGAAAUUGGAAAAAAAAUGGCUUCUUUUUGUGCAUCAAGAGCAGCCAUUUUCAACCCGAAGAAGCUUCUCACUAUUUCGCCGACCCCACUAUGCUUAAGAUCAACAUCCUUCUACUACUGCUUUGAAUCCCUCAACAACCAUGAUCGAAUUCCAACAGGUAACAAUCCUAAACCCCAAGAAAAAAUAGAAGAUCUCAUUUGCAGAAUGAUGUCUACUCGAGCCUGGACUACACGUCUACAGAAUUCCAUUAGAAAUAUUGUUCCUUCCUUCGAUCAUGAACUUGUUUACAAUGUGUUACACAGUGCCAAAAAUUCUGAACAUGCCUUGCAGUUCUUCAGAUGGGUUGAAAGAUCUGGUGUUUUUAGGCAUGAUAGAGAAACCCAUUUCAAGAUUAUUCAAAUUCUUGGUAGAGCUGAAAAGCUUAAUCAUGCUAGGUGUAUACUUCUUGAUAUGCCUAAUAAGGGUGUUGAUUGGGAUGAGGAUUUAUGGGUUUUGAUGAUUGAUAGUUAUGGUAAAGCUGGGAUAGUUCAAGAGAGUGUCAAGUUGUUUCAGAAAAUGGAAGAGUUAGGUGUUGAAAGGACUGUUAAAUCUUAUAAUGCUUUGUUUAAUGUGAUAACCCGUCGAGGACGAUAUAUGAUGGCCAAGAGGUACUUCAAUAAGAUGGUUAAUCAGGGUAUUGAACCCACUGGACAUACAUAUAAUCUUUUGAUUUGGGGCUUCUUUUUAUCGUCAAAGGUGGAUACUGCAAUUAGGUUCUUUGAGGAUAUGAAGAGUAAGGAGAUUAUGCCUGAUGUAGUAACUUAUAAUACGAUGAUUAAUGGCUAUAACCGGGUUAAGAAAAUAGAAGAGGCGGAGAAGUACUUUGUGGAAAUGAAAGCAAGGAAUAUAGAGCCAAAUGUCAUCAGUUAUACGGCACUGAUUAAAGGAUAUACUUCAGUUGGUCGAAUAGAUGAUGCAUUGAGAUUGUUUGAAGAGAUGAAGAGUUUUGGUAUUAAACCAAAUGCUAUUACUUAUUCGACACUGUUACCUGGUCUUUGUGAUGCUCAGAAAAUGUCUGAAGCUGGAAUGAUUUUGAAAGAGAUGGAAGAGAAGUAUAUUGCACCCAAGGAUAACUCUAUCUUCAUAAGGUUAAUCUGUGGACAGUGUGAGGCAGGUGAUUUAGAUGCUGCAGCUGAUGUUCUGAAAACUAUGAUCAGGUUAAGUGUUCCCACUGAGGCUGGGCAUUAUGGUGUCCUAAUUGAGAAUUUUUGCAAGGCUGGUAUCUAUGACCGAGCUGUCAAAUUUCUAGAUAAGCUUAUUGAGAAAGAAAUCGUCCUGCGACCACAGAGUAGUUCAUCUAUGGAACCAAGUGCAUAUAACCUGAUUAUUGAUUACCUAUGCAAUAAUGGCCAGACAGGCAAGGCUGAAACUCUUCUUAGACAGUUGAUGAAAACUGGGGUUCAAGAUCCUGUUGCGUUUAACAAUCUUGUCUGUGGGCACUCAAGAGAAGGGGUUCCUGAUUCGGCCUUUGAACUUUUGAAGAUUAUGGGCAGAAGAAAGGUUCUUUCUGACAGUAUUGCUCACAAGUCACUUGUUGAGAGCUAUCUGAAGAAAGGGGAGCCUGCUGAUGCUAAAACUGCUUUGGACAAUAUGCUUGAACAUGGACAUGACCCAGACUCAAUGUUGUAUAGAUCUGUGAUGGAGAGCCUGAUGGGAGAUGGAAGGGUUCAAACAGCAAGUCGAGUGAUGAAAAUCAUGUUGGAGAAGGGAGUGAAAGAACACAUGGAUUUAAUUUCUACCAUCUUGGAAGCCCUUCUCAUGAGGGGCCAUGUUGAGGAGGCCCUUGGAAGAAUUGAAUUGUUGUUGCACAACAGUCUCUCACCUGAUCUUGAUGGUCUCUUGUUGGUUCUAUGCGAGAAAGGAAAGACUACUGCUGCUCUAAAGCUGUUAGAUUUCGUUUUAGAGAGAAAUUGUAACAUAGAUUUUUCAAGCUAUGAUAAGGUGCUGGAUUCUCUUGUAGCUGCUGGGAAGACACUUAAUGCCUAUUCUAUUUUGUGCAAGAUGAUGGAAACAGGAGGAGUUACAGAUCACAAGAGUUGUGAAGAGUUAAUUAAGAGCCUCAAUGAUGAGGGAAACACAAAGCAAGCAGAUAUUUUAAGAAGAAUGAUACUCGGAAAGGAAACAACACUUGACAGCAAGAAAGGGAAGAAAAAGACUGCCAUUGCUACCUGAUUCGUGUAAUUUUUCUGUAGGUUACAGUUAGGUUAUCUUUUGCCUCAUGUUACUUAGCUCAAACUAAAGGCCUCCAAAAUCGGUUGCUGUUGUUACAGAUUUGACACUACAUGAUCAUGGUCAGGUUCUCUAUAGCUAAAAGAAAGACGCUCCUCUCUGCCCAAUCAUUAGCUUCAGCAACUAGGGAUUGUGGGAGUCUUUUCUGUUGCGCUUGUCUACUCAAUUAUUUCUUUCCAGAACAUUUGUUUACUGUAGUUUUCAUCCUUCAUCUCAUUUCAGUUAGUUAUGCUAACGAUGGAACAAUCCUGGAUGGUCCAAGGGAGAACUUUAUGAAUGCUGGCGGGUGAUAUGCUCUCACUCAUAGAUAGUCCAGGUGGAUUAUGCAAAAAAGAUAUUAUCAAUGGGUAUAUGUAUGGCUUAGUUAAAUGUGUCACAUUGGCUUGCAUAACAUGUUGAAGUAUGACAGAAUACUUGGUAGUGUGUCGUGUAGCAAGUGAGCUUUUGUUAUAAAUUGACUUAUUAGGGGGCCAGCCUCAAUUUCCAGGCCUGUAUAGCAAAUGCUUUAUAACAAUUUUUGUUCAGAAGUGAAAACUUCUACUCAACCAGUACAAGAUAA